CGUCCUCAGUUUAUGCAGCUUAGCGAUACAGCCGCAUCAGAUAGACAGGGACUUCCCUUUGCAUCAAGAUGCGAACUUCCUGGAUCCUCGCUUGCCUAUUGUGGUGCACGGUAAACAUCCGAAAUCUUCAGCCAGAUAGUCGGAAUCUACCCUGACCUGUUUACCUUGCCAUGGCCUUCCAGAUACAAGUAGCUCGAGCUAGCUCGGAAUCAGGAGCAAGCUCCAUUGAAACAGUCUCCCCACUCAGGACCCAGCUUGAUAGCUGGAAAGAGACGACCUUGGCCAUCCGAGCGAACGUCAUCCCCUCCACUCAGGAUACCUUGUUUUACUGCAAAUGCAUGUGUUUCGACAACUUCACCAUCGUACCCCUUUACAUGCCGGACAACCCGUCUAAACCGUGCCUGAGCUGUACGAGGCAGUUCUGCUUGGACCAGAAACUUCCCAUCUGCCGAGGAGCGGAAGUGCCGGAUCUGGAUACUGACACCGGGACCGGAAAGGAGGGGGACGUCGAGGCCAGGUGUUUCAAACGAGACUCUCCCCGCGAUCAACUGGUCGUGACUUGUUUCAUCUUGAUCGUCGUCGGUCUGUUAUUGACGGCGGCCAUCCGGAACCGGUUACAAGCCGCUAUAGCCGAACGAGGUCGACCGACAGAUUUACGCGAAUGGAGCGAGGCACUGUUACCGACCAACAUGCUGCAGACCCGUCAACUAGGCGCAAUCCCAGCCUGGAUAAGAGGUGUCAACACGGGGGGAGGUACGGGGUACGGGAGGGUCGGGUGAUCGCACAGGUUGAAUUUGUUUCAUGGGCGUUAUAGAGGUUUUUGGUGGCGGUUGUAUCAGUAGUGCAUCUUGUUUCGAGGCAUAUAUAGACGAGGUAAUAAAAGA